GUUACCUCCUACCUUGGAGGCUUUGGAUUUUAUCAUCCUCCAUGGUUCUGAUGACCCUCGGUUUUUUGGUAACGUGACUGACUUUGGCAUUGUCUUGGCCCGUUUUAGUCGCGGAUCCAAGUUGUCCUUGCUCAGUUACGGUAGCUUCUGGUACCUUCAGAUCGAUGACAUGGAUAUUGGUGACAAGCAAGCCACUGUGUUCUUGAAGGUCAUUCUCCUUUCUGAUGAAACCGAACCCAAGGACCAGUGCACCAUCACACCGGUUCUACCAGUUCAGGUGUUCCUUGGACUCUCAGAGCAUACCCAUGAGCCAUGGCACUCGCGCGAGAGGUCUGCUGAUGCAGCUGAUGCCCAUCAGCCUUUCUCUUGCCGAGAUGCUCCGAACGGUGGCUCCCUGUCUGAGACAAACGGGGAAAAAACAUUGAAUCUGGAGUCGAAGGGAUACCAAACUGGUGGCUAUGUUGGCUCUGAGGACAAAACACAUGACAGCAAGGCUGCUACAGGUGAGACGAUCUGCCGUGGCAGUGAUUCUACUAGUCUUUUUCGAUCGUCAAGUGACGGAGUCGACGAUCAGACAACUCACUGUGAUCCUACGGUUGUAGACACUCCUACCUCGAUGAACUGCCCCAGUCCGACACAAAAGAUCGAGAUGAGCGUCGACAUGAGUUCAUUACCUCCGGCACAAGAUGAUCCAAUGUUCUCAUCAUUAGAGGUGAGCUCACAAGUCAAUGUUGCAAGCGGAGUCGUCACCGGUGGUGAUUAUCAAAUUCCAAAGGAAGACAUUGGUGACAAUUUUACUGUGACGCCAACCUGGCCAUGGACGCAGUUACCCAAUGAAGACCCGACCACAAGUGGGCCUCAUGAUUUGCCACCCUAUGAACUACCAGCUCGUCUUUUCCCUGGACAAGAUGAUCUGAGUGUGAGUCCGGCCAAACUUGUUUCUCUGUACAGAAAUCACUCUCUUUGUGAGCUUGGCAGCUUUAACGGAGUGACGCUUGUACAUAAGGGCAAUAAGACCCGGAUUCAAGUGCAGGCACCCGCACACCUGACCCUCGUCAUCGCUCGAGCGUACAUGUUGCAGGGUAGAGUGCUCGAGGCCAUCACCACUGAAGGUAUUGGAGGAUGGGGACAGGCCAUCAAAGCCCUUGCCAAUCAGGCCGGCAAAGGUCAGGGACUCAACCACCCCUUCGGUAGGUUGCUUGUCCACUCCAUUGGUAUCAUGUUUCUUUUUGGUAUCCCUGUCACGCAAUCGGACUUGGCAAAUAUUGGCUACAUGUCCAGAAGUCGAUGCUUCCUAUUGUGCGGUGCCGAUCGAAAUGAGAAAUGUGUGAAAGACUUCCAAUCGCAAAGCAGACCAGAUUGGAUUCAGGCAAACUGCAGGAUCACUGAUCAAAUUGCGCUGGAACAGACAACUAUUCCCGAACAGGUCCGAGAGACGUUGUCUAAGAGAAACUUGCUGCCUGAUCAAAUCAAACACGAGGCGCUGAUGCGGGGUGUUCAGGAUGGACGUGCAGUCCUUGAGCUCAGAAUUGCUCCUGCAGGUACCCUUCCAACAUUGGUUGCCUCCUAUCGGAAGCAGGCUCAACUCUCCAGAUUGAGGUCACCGCCCUGA